GCGGCCGCGGAGAAGCCCCGGGGCGGGGCGGGCCGGGGCGGGGACGGGGCCGGGCCGGGCGCUGAUGGACGGCGCCGGGCUUCACGUGACUGCGGGGCUGGAAGAAAAACAGAGGCUGUCCGCGGGGGAGCCGCAGUCCCGAGUCCCGGCCGCUCGCCCGCCCGCCCCGUCGCGGCCCCGGCGCCGGCCCCGCGCCUUCCCAGCCGCCCGCUCCGCCCUGGCCGUCGAGAAUCAUGGACUGUUUCCCCAUGCCUUGCUCCCUGGCCGUGAGUAGCCCCGGGCCCCUGCCCCCCGCCGCCCCUGCCCCUGCCCCCGCGGGCGUCGGGGCCGCGUCUAACCCGCGCCUCUUCUCUCCCCGCCGCCGGCCGCAGAGGCACCAUGACCGCUGGUAACCGCGCGCUGAUGGUCCUGCUGUUUUGCCAAGCGCUGCUCGGGGGCGCCAGCCAUGCCAGCCUGACCCCCGAGCCGGGCCGCAGGCAGCCCGCGUCCGGAGCCGCGCCGGGGCCGCGGGGGGCGGCCAGCCAUGCGCUCUUGCGGGGCUUCGAGGCCACGCUGCUGCAGAUGUUCGGGCUGCGAAGGCGGCCCCAGCCCGGCCCCGCCGCCGUCGUGCCCGCCUACAUGCUGGACCUCUACCGCCUGCAGGCGGGCGAGGACGAGGACGAGGACCGGGACCGGGACCGGGACCCGCACCGGGGCGCCCGCCUGCGCUACCCCGAGAGGUCGGCCAGCCGCGCCAACACCGUGAGGAGCUUCCACCACGAAGAGCAUUUGGAGAACCUCUCCGGGCCCAGCGCCGCCCCCCGCCUUCGCUUCGUCUUCAACCUCAGCAGCGUGCCCGACAACGAAGUGGUCUCUUCGGCGGAGCUGAGGCUGUACCGGGAGCAGGUCUGGGAGCAGAGCCCCGGCUGGGAGAGGGGCUUCCACCGCAUCAACGUUUACGAAGUCAUGAAGCCCCUUUCCGAGGAGCGGGGGCAAAUGAUCACGAGACUACUGGACACGCGGCUGGUGCAUCACAACGAGACGCGGUGGGAGAGCUUCGACGUGAGCCCCGCCGUCAUCCGGUGGACCAAGGACAAGCAGCCCAAUCACGGCCUGGCGGUGGAGGUGGUCCACCUCGGCCAGACGCCCGCGCAUCAGGGCAAACACGUCAGGAUUAGCCGAUCUUUACCUCAAGGGGACGGGGACUGGGCUCAGCUGCGGCCCCUGCUGGUGACUUUCAGCCACGAUGGCAAGGGCCACGCGCUGGUGCGGAGAGCCAAACGCAGCCCCAAGCACCAGCGGCCCCGCAAGAACAAAAAGAACUGCCGGCGCCACGCGCUCUAUGUGGAUUUCAGCGACGUGGGCUGGAACGACUGGAUCGUGGCCCCGCCUGGGUACCAGGCCUUUUACUGCCACGGGGACUGCCCCUUCCCUCUGGCCGACCACCUGAACUCCACCAACCACGCCAUCGUGCAGACCCUGGUCAACUCCGUCAACGCCAGCAUCCCCAAGGCGUGCUGCGUGCCCACCGAGCUCAGCGCCAUCUCCAUGCUCUACCUAGAUGAGUAUGACAAAGUGGUCCUGAAAAACUACCAGGAGAUGGUGGUGGAGGGGUGCGGGUGCCGCUGACCCCCUCGCCUUCCCUCCCCCACCCCCCUCUCCCUUCCUUCCCUGCCCUCCUCCCCGGACCCCAGAACUGCUCGUUCCAGCCAGACUCUAAACUAAACGUUCACCUUGACCUUAUUUAUGACUUUUAUGUGCAAAUGUUUUGACAAUAAUGAUCAUAUAUUUUGACAAAAUAUAUUUAUAACUACAUAUUAAAUGAAAAAAAAAUAAAAUGAGUCAUUAUUUUAAAGGUAAA